GCCGGUACCCCCUGUGAGAAAUAGUGAAUUUCGUGUAAUCGUUAGUCAUUUCGGGCGAAUUAUAAGUAAUACAGAAUCAAAAUGAAUAACACGUGUCGUAAGUGAUGUUCUCUGUAGCUGCAGCUGAAUAUUUGUGAAAGUUACUGUGACUGGUGGUGUGUUUAUUUCGGAUUAAAUAGUAAAAAAUUAAUCGGUUUCCCAUACGCCCAUUGUGGCAUUAUUUUAACAUUCUGAUUGCCACAUCUGAUUUAUUGUAAAAAUGCAAGCUAUAAAGUGUGUCGUCGUGGGAGACGGAGCCGUCGGUAAGACAUGUUUGCUGAUCAGUUACACAACAAAUGCCUUUCCUGGCGAAUACAUACCCACAGUAUUUGACAACUACUCUGCCAAUGUUAUGGUCGAUGGUAAACCGAUCAAUUUGGGAUUAUGGGAUACAGCAGGUCAAGAAGAUUACGACCGUCUCAGGCCACUUUCCUACCCUCAGACUGACGUAUUCCUGAUUUGUUUUUCACUGGUGAAUCCAGCAUCAUUCGAGAACGUACGCGCCAAAUGGUAUCCAGAAGUGCGGCACCAUUGCCCGAACACGCCGAUAAUACUCGUCGGAACGAAGCUCGAUUUGCGCGAAGACAAGGACACUGUCGAAAAGUUAAAGGAUAAAAAAUUAGCACCUAUUACAUAUCCACAAGGCCUGUCGAUGGCAAAAGAAAUAGGCGCUGUUAAAUAUCUAGAAUGUUCAGCGCUCACGCAGAAAGGACUAAAAACAGUUUUCGAUGAAGCGAUACGGGCUGUCCUUUGCCCGGUGCUGCCGGUUAAACCGAAAAGAAAAUGCGUUUUGCUCUAGGGACGCAGCGGACGAAAAUAGGGUAGCACAAGUGCAAAAAAUAAAUAAUUUAGACGGAG